UACUGAUGCACGUCAUUCUUGAGAACCUUAAAUCCCAGAAAUUCUCGUAACCUACAUUUACUCGUGCCAUUGGUCAGCCGAGAAUCUCACCAUCUGACGAGAUUAUUCAAUUUUUCAACUGACCUAUCACCAAAAUGAUGGCUAAUUGCAUGAGAAAAAUUGGCCAAGAGGCCUCACGACGUAACUACGCUACAUGGAAAGAGGUGUUCUCGGCGUUCUCGAGUGGCAAAAAUGGAUAUGCAACAGAGGCCUCUUUCGAGACAAAGCCCUACAGACUUCAUAAAUUGGACUCUGGCCCAUCGACUCAAGUAUCUUGCACUAGGGAAGAGGCCCUCGACCUCUACAAGAAACUACACACCAUCAGACGAAUGGAGACUGCUGCUGGCAAUCUUUACAAGGAGAAGAUCAUCCGAGGAUUCUGUCAUCUUUAUUCCGGACAGGAAGCUUGUGCAGUGGGAAUGUCAGCAGCCCUGAAGCCCCAGGACUCUGUAAUCACCGCCUACAGAGCCCACGGCUGGACAUAUCUCAUGGGAAUUCCCCCUGUCGGAGUUUUAGCUGAAUUGACUGGCCGACAGAGUGGAAAUGCCAGGGGAAAAGGUGGCUCUAUGCACAUGUACGCCAAGAAUUUCUACGGAGGAAAUGGAAUCGUUGGUGCACAGGUGCCCCUGGGUGCUGGCAUAGGCUUUGCCCACAAGUACAAGAAAGACGGUGGAGUUUGUCUAGCCCUUUAUGGCGAUGGAGCUGCCAAUCAGGGACAGAUUUUCGAGGUCUACAACAUGAGUAAAUUGUGGGAUGUACCGGCUAUCUUUGUGUGUGAAAAUAAUGGGUAUGGAAUGGGCACCAGUGCUGACAGGGCUGCAGCAAGCACAGAGUACUAUACUCGUGGAGAUUACGUUCCCGGAAUUUGGGUCGAUGGUAUGGAUGUCCUAGCCGUCAGGGAAGCCACCAGAUUUGCUCUGGCUUACUGCAGAGCUGGCAAAGGCCCUCUCGUCAUGGAAACUGUCACCUACAGAUACAGUGGACACAGUAUGUCUGAUCCUGGCACUAGUUACAGAACUAGGGAAGAAAUUCAGGAGGUUCGACAGACUCGUGAUCCACUCACUAGUUUCAAGGAAAAAAUUCUCAACGCCAAUCUCGUCACUGCCGAUGAAUUAAAGACGAUGGAAGCAGAAAUAAGGAAAGAGAUCGAUGAAGGAGUGAAAUACGCAAAGGCUGACAAAGAAAUAGACAACCACGAGCUGACAACCGAUGUCUACGUCAACUGUCUAGAGCCAGAAAUUCGUAACGUAACGCCAUUUGCGCCCCUAAAGCACAGCCGGCUGGGACCAGCAGUGAACGCUUCGUAAAAGAAUUCAAUUAAAAUCACUAGUUAAUUUCUUUUGAUAAAAAGAGACAAGAACAUUGCUUUAAAAAAGUCAAGAACGAACGACACAAGUUGAUCAUUGAAUUAUUGAUGAUUAUUGGUGCACGAGGUAAUUGUUCAAUUGCAAGAUCGGUAUAUCUCGCUGACAAUUCCAACUAGAUUAAUUACGAACGAGGAGUCAGUGAUAAUGAUUAUUCGAUCGAUUGCUUGUGAUUAUGCCACUGUAGACUGUAAAUACGUAAAUAAUUUUGUUGUGAAAGUGAUGAAAAAACGUUUCUAGUCUAAUUAUGGGAUUAUCUCAGUGAGGAGUGGGUUUAGGUCAAAAUGUCAGUCGACAUUUUUUGUAGGAAAUUCAAUUCUCCACAAAAAUGUUUUCAUUACAUUUUCCUCUAAAAUCUCUCAUUACCGAGAUAAUUCCGAAAUUAGAAAAAAUUUAACGACUAAAUUGUCACUUUAUCACUGAAUUGUCAAGUGGAUGAGCAUCGUACGUGAAUAAUAAUCUCCGAAUCGAUGAUACAAUUGUAUGAUGUCUUGUACCUGAUCGCAAUAUCAUAUUCUCGUUCGACGAGAUCAUAUUUAAAUUAUUAAAGUGAUUCUGUGGGGAUCUGUCAAGUUUAA